CGAUGGCGGCGGCGCGGCGGGUGGGGCUGUGCGCGGCGAGGCUGGGGCCGCUCCUGCGGGCGGCGGGCGCGGGGCUGGCCCCGGCCCGCGCCGUCCGGAGGAGCGUCCUUGGGGUCAUCUCGCGCCCAGGGUUGGUCUGGAGGCCCAGCAGGUGUGGCAGCUCUUCAGCCGGAGCAACUGCCGCAAAAACAGAAGACGACUCCUUCCUCCAGUGGUUUCUGCUUCUCAUACCUGUGACUGCCUUUGGCCUGGGGACGUGGCAGGUCCAGCGCCGGAAGUGGAAGCUACAGCUGAUCGCAGAACUAGAGUCUAGAGUUAUGGCCGAGCCCAUCCCGCUGCCCGCAGACCCGAUGGAACUGCAGAACCUGGAGUACAGGCCAGUGAAGGUCAGGGGGCACUUUGACCACUCCAAGGAGCUGUACAUGAUGCCGCGGACCAUGGUGGACCCGGCCCGGGAGGCCCGGGAGGCCGGCCGGCUCUCGUCGGCGGCUGAGAGCGGUGCCUACGUGGUCACUCCCUUCCACUGCACUGACCUGGGAGUCACCAUCCUGGUAAAUAGAGGGUUUGUGCCCAGGAAGAAAGUGAAUCCAGAUACGCGGCGCAAAGGCCAGGUUGAGGGAGAAGUGGACCUAGUCGGGAUGGUGAGGCUGUCGGAGACCAGGAAGCCCUUUGUUCCUGAGAAUAACCCCGAGAGGAACCAGUGGCAUUACCGGGACCUGGAGGCCAUGGCCAGGCUCACAGGCACAGAGCCCAUCUUCAUAGACGCCGACUUCAAGAGCACAGUCCCUGGAGGACCCAUCGGAGGGCAAACCAGAGUCACGCUGAGGAAUGAGCACGUGCAGUACAUCCUCACCUGGUAUGGACUCUGCGCGGCCACCUCGUACCUGUGGUUUAAGAAAUUCCUAAGCCGGACUCCUGGUGUGUGACGAGCUUGGCGGAUGUAGCCCUGUCCCUGAACAGCUGAAGCCACUUCAAGAGAUUCAACUGACUUUAGGCUGAUAACGUGUUAUUGGUAUAAAUAAAUCUCUACAUCACA